AUGUCAUUUCUUCUUCGACCAUUGAAUGAUAGCAGCUCGAACAACUCCAACAACGUUAUAAGAAUAAGCCCAGAACCAUGUUUUGUCGUAAAAUCUAAGGUAAUAAACCCUGGUACUACAUCGCUAUCAAGCAAUGCAAAGAUAUUCAUCAACAUUUGCCAUAAUGACCAGAUACCCUUACCUGAAAUCGAUUUCAACCCCGCCAUAGUAUAUCCCCUAAUAAUCAACAACCAAUGGGAAAUACCAAUCGUAACCUCCUCAAUAAGGGAGGAUGUUGACAAAAAGGGCAACGUCUGCUACGUGAGCGAUUGUUGUAUAAACACCAAAUGCGUUUCAUGGAUCCAGCAUGAUUUACAACUAAGAGAAAUCGUAGUUGAAUGGUGCUUAGAAUCCUGUGAAUUGCGAGCGGAGCUCGAAAUAUCAAGGGAUAAUAUAAGUUUCCCUAAGCUGAAGAAGAAAGGUGAUACUAUACCUGAACUAGAAAUACUGCGAGAAGACCUAACAGAGAAUUAUGAAGAAACCAUCAAUGAUUUGGUAAAUAGGGAACAAAAAGAACCUGUUAGUAUUAUCGAAAAGAGGCGAGACUUUCUUGCAGAAGACGAACCUUCGACGGGUGAACUGCCGCCAUUAAUUCCUAUCGACCAAUCUUCCCGUAGAAAACCUUUAAUAGAGGAAAUCGAGGAUCUUUCACUGCAUGAAACCAAGAAACCCAAGGUUGAAGAAAUACAAAAAAAAAGUAUAUCAUAUGAACUUAGUAUGGGCAAACCCAAAGACACCUCAGAGUUUCUCUUAAAGAUAGAAGUGACCUCGGAGCUUAACUCUAGUCUUGAUUACAAUAUCAAAUAUGAUGCUAAAAGUAAUAAACUCAUCAUAAAGAAUACUAAUCUAGGUAUUUAUCCCGAGAAGAAACUCAAGGUUCCAUUACCUGAUAUAUUUAAUAAUCCUCCAAAAUUAGAGUGUUUCUUUGUGAAGCCUGAGCGCAGAUUAAUAAUAUUUUUAUAA